AUGGGCCUCAAGCCGCUCAACGAGAAGCUAGAGAAGAUCAACGAGUACGGCAGAGGGGGAAAACAAGAGGAGAACGGUUUCGUGGAGCAGAUCCUCAAGCCAUGUUACGAGCUCCUCGGUCUCAAGUGGCCGGGGACGCUGUUCGUCGCCAUCGAUGAGCUCGGCAAGCUCGAUGAGUCGCUCGUAUGUGCAAUCAUCAAGCUACGGGCGAUCUACGAAAGUGCGCCAGUCAACCAUGUCCAACUCGGCCACGCUACUGAGAAGCUGCAGUAUUCGAAAGCGUCCCUCUACAUUUGGCGGUUCUGUCUACUGCAGGACCGACUCAAGGGAAUUGAUUUCGCCUCCCAGGAGCGGGAGAAGUGGUGGACAAAGGUGUUUGGGAAGCCCUACGCAGACGAAUGA